UUUACAUAAACAAAAUUUAUCAUAGGUUUAGAAUGCUGUCCUUAUAAAUUUCCAGCUGACAAAUGGAAAGAUAAUUCCAAUGAAUGGCCUUUACUUCAAUAUCAUGACCUAUAUCAUUACUUGAUUAAAAGUCCACGUUUGUUCAGCCCAGAAGCAAUGGAAAAUUACAAAUCAUUAGAGGCUUAUAAGUACUUUGUUUCGGGAUGGGUGCAAACAAUGUAUCAUAUAUGGCUUGAUUCUGAGUUUUUUAUUGCUAAGGCUGAUGUUUGUUUUAUUGCUAAGGCUGAUGUUUUACCGAAUUAAUGAUACUCCAUAUCAACCAUGCAUUUCUCUGAAUAAACAUGGCUCAGUUCUUACAGCACAUUGCAACUGUAUGGCAGGACUUGGAGAAACUUGCUCACAUGUUGCUGCAGUCCUUUACAAACUUGAAGCAGCUGCUAGACUUGGUAUUAUAAGUCAGACUCCCACAGAUUUACCAUGUCAGUGGAAUCAAAACUUUACUAAAAAAAUUGAACCAUCCCAAAUUUCUAAUAUAGAUUUUUAUUCCACUGAAGCUAAAAAAAAGGUUACAAAUAAAUUUAAACACAAUCAUUUGGAACCAACUAGCAUUGCUAAAUCAAACUUUCUUGAAGCAAUUAGAAAAAUUAAUGCAAAUGUUGUAGGAUUGUCACUGUUUCCUGGCAUGAGCAAUGCUUUUUUACAACAUUCUGAAAAUAAUGUUCCUGUUAAAAAAUUACCUAAACAACUUCGUAAUUUGUACAUGUCACACAGUAUUGAUUUUGAUCAUGCAACUUUAUUGGCAGAAUGCAAUAAGAUUAAGACAUCAUUUGUAAUUACAACAGAUGAAAUAAUAUAUCUUGAAAGCGUUACCAGAAAUCAAUCAGCUAGUAUAGUUUGGCAUCAGCAAAGAGCAGGACGUAUAACAGGAUCUGUUGCACAUUCUGUGUUACAAAGCAAUAUUUGUAUUCCAGCAAAGUCAGUAGUAUUAAAAAUAACUAUGCCAGUAUUAAAGAACAACAACGUUCCAUCUUUAAAAUGGGGUAGAGAGAAAGGAGAAGAAGCACUCAUGGAUUAUCAAAAUUCUUCUUUUGAUCCUGAAUAUGUAUCUGAAUCUUUUUGCUUAAAUUCAAAAAAUAUGCAUAAUCAUUUUGAACUAAAAAACACUGGUUUAGUUAUCAAGCCGGAUAAAUUUUAUUUAGGCGUAUCAGCUGAUGCUGUAGUAAAGUGCUCAUGUUGUGGAACAGGCAUAGUUGAAGUUAAGUGUCCAUAUUCUUUGCGUGAGAAAGGAUUACAUGACAUAAUUCUCAGUAAUGCUUUUUACUUAACAUAUGAGAAUGGAGAAAAAAAUCAUGAGUAUUACUGUCAAGUACAGCAUGAAAAUUACGUAUGUGAAGUAGAAUAUUGUGAUUUUGUUGUGUGGACACCGAUUGAGUUUGUUGUUUUAGGAACCUAUAAAGAUACAUUGUUUAUAAAUGAUAUGAUUAAGAAACAAGAAAUUUUCUGGGAAAACGUUAUAUUACCUGAACUUCUUACCAGAAAAUUAAAGUUAUCAUGUUCUAAUAUUCAUCAAAAUAAUUCUUCAAUAAUGAGUCAGUUCUGUAUUUGUAAUGGGCCUGAGGAUGGAAGCAUGGUUGGUUGCGAUUGUUGUAAUCAAUGGUAUUACAUUAAAUGCCUUAAUUUAAAAAAGCUUCCGACAUCUAAAACUUGGUACUGUAAAAAAUGUCUAAAAAAGAAAAAAGGUUUAUGAUUUUUUGUUACUUGGUAACCUUUCUUUUAAAAUUUUUGUUUUAUAAAAUUAUAUUCUAAAACUCAUAUGUAUUGAAAUAAAA